AUGCCACGGUCUUUCUUGGUCAAGAGCAAGAAGGCCCAUUCGCAUCACCCAUACCGCUCGGUGGAUGACAACCCUCUGGUGCCGAUGUGGGACCCAGCCCUAGUAACACCCUGUUCUGCAGAUGCCAGGGACCCGUCGGAGGCCUUUGGUGGCGCAAGCGACCGAGACUUCUCUCCUCCUAAAGGGACAAAUGACCCUGAUGAAGCCACAAAAGAGAACAUCUCUGCUCAGGGCAGGACACCCGUGUUGGAGCCCCCAACUCCAGCACUGAAACCUGAUGCCGUUUGCAGCCCUGUGGUGAACAGGGCCUCCUACCCCAAGCCUGCUUUUUCUUGGGACGCCUUCCAUUCGCCAUACGGCUACCGGCCAAUGUCUUCGGCCCUCCUGGAGCGCUCCGUUAGCCUCUACGGGAGCCACCUCCUCCCGAGCAUGGAGCCCCCUCUCGAUUACAGCCUGCGCUAUUCGUCGGACUUGGAGACCUACCACUGCGUGAUCUGUGACAAAAUCUUUUCCACUCCUCACGGCCUGGAGGUCCACGUCCGAAGAUCGCACAGCGGCACACGGCCUUUUGCUUGUGAGGUUUGCGGCAAAACAUUUGGGCAUGCUGUGAGUUUGGAGCAGCACACCAACAUCCACUCACAGGAGAAAAGCUUUGAGUGCAAAAUGUGCGGGAAAACCUUCAAGAGGUCCUCAACCCUGUCCACCCACCUCCUGAUCCACUCAGACACACGGCCUUACCCCUGCCAGUACUGUGGGAAGCGCUUCCACCAGAAGUCAGAUAUGAAGAAGCACACCUACAUUCACACAGGAGAGAAACCCCACAAGUGCCAGGUAUGCGGCAAAGCCUUCAGCCAGAGCUCCAACCUCAUCACCCACAGCCGCAAGCACACGGGCUUCAAGCCCUUCAGCUGUGAGCUCUGCGGGAAAGGCUUCCAGCGCAAGGUGGACCUGCGGAGACAUCGGGAAAGCCAGCACAGCCUCAAGUGAG